CCUGUAGAUUAACUUCAUCACCAUGGCCACCAGCCUUCCUACACCCGAACCUCUCAAGGUUGUCCAGAUCGAUGGCUUGGUUGUCCUCAAGAUCAUCAAGCACUGUCGCGAGUCUUAUCCCACCGAUGUCACUGGCCAGUUGCUCGGUCUUGAUGACAAGGGCUUGCUCGAAGUCACCAACUGCUUCCCCUUCCCUUUGGAUGGUGAUGAUGACACCAGUGCCCAGUACCAGCUCGACAUGAUGAGAUGCCUCCGUGCUGUCAAUGUCGACAACAACACUGUCGGCUGGUACCGUUCUGCUCACCUCGGCAACUUUGUUGAUGCCAACUUGAUCGAGACCCAAUAUAGCUAUCAGAACUCCCUCAGCGCCAACUCUGUUGUCAUUAUUCACGACGUUUCCAAGAGUGCAGCUCAGAGCAACUUGAGCUUGAGAGCCUUUAGAUUGCAAGAUGCCUUUAUGAAAGCAUACGAAGCCAAGAAAUUCACAACUGAAAGUCUUGCUCAGGCCAAGCUUUCUUUCUCAAACAUCUUUGAGGAACUUCCUGUCAAGGUUCACAACUCUCAUCUUGUUACUUUGAUGCUCCACAAUCUCGAGAUGCCCACUCUCGAUUCUAGCCGUCUCCGUACCCUUUCGACCUUUGCUUCUUCCCAGAAAGAACAGUCUGUCGCUGAUGAAGCCAGACCUCUUGCUCCUAACUUUGACGUUCUUGAUCUCGAAUUGGAUCCUUUCAUGCAGAAGAACCUCGAGUACCUGUUGGAUUGCUCCGACUUGCAGCAGCAGGAACAAAACAACUACCAGUACUGGCAGAGAAGCAUGGCCCGCGAGCAGACCAAGAUGCAGACAUGGUUGACCAAGAGAAAGCAGGAAAAUGUCCAUCGCGCACAGCAGGGCAAGCCCCUUUUGCCCGAAGACGAAGUCAACACAUUAUUCAAGCUUCCUGCCGAGCCCAGUCGCUUGGAAUCUAUGAUCCUCAGCGCACAAAUGCACAACUUCACCAAGCAGUUGAACCAGUUUGCCGGACCCAGCCUUGCAAGAUUAUAUAGCAUCCAGGAAUUGCAGAAGUAAAGAGCGAACGAGGAAAAUUAAAGACAACAACCAUCACUAUCACCAUUACCACAACUCAAGUACAAACACGAAAAAAAGUGAAAAAGGAAGAGAUACAUUCUUUUUCAUAUAUAUUUUUAUACAAACAUAUAUAUAUAUAUAUAUUUCUUGCUUUUCUCUCUUUCUCCUUCAACUUGACGCGAACAAAACAAACAGAUCAAAAAAUAUAUACAGAGACAUGAGAGGGAAGGGGAAGGGGAAGGGGAGAAGAGGAUGAGGGUUUGAGGCUUAAUGAUACUUUUUUUUAAAAAAAAAAAUAAGAGUG